AUGCCCCGCAAGCGAAGAUCAUCACUCCGUUCCCAACUACGUUCACCUUCGCGAUACGGCACGCCCAACAUAUUCAACCCAAUUCGCCCCAAGCACGCAGAAGCCCCUGCAUUACUGGAAACCGCGCGAAAGUACUUUGGGAAAGUUGAACUUUGGGCCGACGACUUCGUUGGCGAUGUAGAGACCACUGUUACUACACGUGAUGUUCAUGCCUGCAUAGCCGUCAUUGACGCUUUUUCCCGCGCAGAGAAGUUCAUCAUUGACUCGAAGUCCUGGCUUACUGGCGAGUCUCUCAAUUUUACUGCACUGUCUGCCGCCCGUAUGCUUUGUAUUUUGAACCAAUUCAAGCAUGGAGAUUCCUAUCGCUUGACCAUCUCCGGAAGUGGCAAAGUCAUCCGCAAAGGCUGGAUUGCUAUUAAUCCUGUGGACGUGGAGAUUGAGAACAACAAUCCCGUCAAAGUUCGUCGUCUCCUUUACAACCAACGUUCCUUCAGAGACGAGCAAUACUUGCAACAAGGCACUCCAACACCUGAACCGCGACAUCGACCACGCACGAGAAGCCACACAAAGAAGCAGAAGAAGCGUCGAUCUGGCCGCGGGAUCUGA